AUUAAAAAAAAAAAAAGGUGUGGAAAUAAAUAAAUAAUAAAAGAAAAAGGGUUUGUAAAAGAAUUGCUCUCACGAGCUAAAACAGUGGCUGUACCUGCGCGCUCUGGAAGGAAGCUUUUCCAUUUUUCUUUGCCGGCCGCCAUGGAUUCCGCUGUCUCCGCUGCCGUCAAGCUCUCCUUCAUCGUCUCUUCUCUCCUUCUUUCCUUUCACAUUUCCUCUGCCGCGCCGGAAUAUUCGAAGCCUCGGUUGUCGUCUAUUUCCUCUAAUUCCUCCGGCCAGAUUAACUCCAACUCGGUCCUCGUCGCUCUACUGGACUCGCAUUACACGGAGCUUGCGGAGCUAAUCGAGAAGGCUCUUUUGCUGCAGAUUCUUGAAGAUGCUGUUGGAAAUCAUAAUCUCACCAUUUUCGCGCCGCGAAAUGAAGCGCUGGAGCGCGAUCUUGACCCCGAGUUCAAGCGGUUUCUUCUCGAGCCGCGUAAUUUGAAGUCGCUUCAGACGUUGUUGACGUUUCAUGUCAUUCCGACUCGGAUUGGAUUGGGCGAGUGGCCGACUCACAAUGAGACGACUCGCCAUCAGACGCUGUCGAAUCAUGUCCUCCGAUUGACGAGCCACCGCACGGGUGAACGAACCGUCGAUCUCGCUAAGGUCAUUCAACCUGACGCCAUUACUCGGCCCGACGGUGUCAUCCACGGGAUCGAACGGCUUCUCAUUCCUCAGUCUGUACAAGAUGAUUUCAACCGCCGACGUAAUCUCCUGGCUAUAACUGCUGUGAAACCGGAAGGAGCGCCGGAAGUCGAUCCGAGGACUCACCGCUUGAAGAAACCGGCUCCACCGGCCGAACCGGGGUCUCCCCCGGCACUCCCAAUCUACGACGCAAUGGCUCCAGGACCGUCGUUGGCUCCGGCUCCGGCGCCUGGACCAGGCGGACCUCACCACCACUUCAACGGGGAACGUCAAGUGAAAGAUUUCAUUCACACUCUUCUUCACUACGGCGGUUACAACGAAAUGGCGGACAUAUUAGUGAAUCUAACGUCCUUAGCCACGGAAAUGGGGAGGUUAGUUUCAGAAGGCUAUGUAUUAACCGUUUUGGCGCCGAACGACGAAGCGAUGGCGAAACUUACUACAGACCAACUGAGCGAGCCUGGAGCACCGGAGCAAAUCAUGUACUACCAUUUGAUUCCGGAGUAUCAGACGGAAGAGAGUAUGUACAAUGCCGUUCGCCGAUUUGGAAAAGUCCGAUACGACACCUUGAGACUGCCGCAUAAGGUUGUUGCGCAAGAGGCCGACGGUUCGGUCAAGUUCGGUCAGGGAGAUGGCUCAGCGUAUUUGUUCGACCCUGACAUUUACACCGACGGCCGUAUCUCAGUGCAGGGGAUCGACGGGGUUCUAUUCCCGCCGGAGGAGACGGAGGCAAAACUGUCGGCAAAAACAGUUCAACACGUGAAAGUAGUUUCCAAGCCAAGGAGAGGGAAAUUGCUUGAAGUGGCUUGUCGGAUGCUAGGAGCCUUUGGCCAGGAUUCUCAUUUCACAACUUGUCAAUGAACAGUUUUCGCCGACGAUUCUCGAAGAGACAGGUUUCUUUUUGUUUAUUCAUUUCUUGCUUUCUCAUAAUUUAUCUGCAAGUGUGCGUAGAGCUUCUUGUUUUGGUCGGUUUGAUGAUACUUUCUACCAAUCAUGCCUGCAUACUAUCCAUUUCCUCUUUAUGUUGUACGCUAUUUUCAAAACAAUUUUAAAAUUCGAACAAAGACGGGUUAGAAAAGA